GGAGAGAGAGAGUUUUGAGAUUUGAGAUUGUCUCUCUCUUUACCUUUACUCUGUUGUUGAAAGUGAAGAAGCGAGCCCCCGACCGAUAUAAGAGAGAGAGAGAGUGUGUGUGUGUGGUUGAGUUGACGAAGGGAGAGGAUGAAGGAAGAGGAUGUGAGUUCGCAGAACGUAAACCCUAGGAGUAAUCGGAACAGUGUUGCCUCAGCUUCUGCUUCCGCCUCUGCUACUCCCGUUGAUAGGUUCCGACGUCGUGCUAGAUCGCCUUCUCCUCCUCUCACUGCUGCUGCUAGCUCUGCAGGUGCAUCAUCUCCUGCUGUUCUGGUUAACGCUGGCAGUGUGGACUGGUCAGGUCAUGGGCUAGCUAUAUCAGGUCGUUCCUGUAGAACUUGGGAUAGAGGAGAUUUACUUCGACGUCUUGCCACUUUCAAGCCUUCAAAUUGGCUUGGGAAGCCUAAAACAGCUAGUUCUUUGGCUUGUGCUCAGAAAGGUUGGGUUAGUGUUGAUUUGGACAAAAUUCAAUGUGAAUACUGUGGGUCUAAUCUACAUUACACUCCUCCACAAGAUUCGUCGAAUCAUCCUGAAGCUGAUAGCAUCCGAGAAGAAUUCUCCAACCAGCUUGAUGCUGCACAUGAGAGCUCUUGUCCAUGGGUAGGACAAAGUUGUGCAGAAAGCUUAGUUCAGUUUCCACCCACUCCUCCAUCAGCCUUGAUUGGAGGUUACAAGGAUCGUUGUGAUGGGCUCCUACAGUUCUAUUCUCUACCAAUUGUCUCGCAAUCUGCGAUUGACCAGAUGCGUGCUUCAAGACGACCACAAAUUGACCGCCUUUUGGCACAUCCUCAAGUCUAUGCCAAUGAUGAUCUCAGUUUUAGAAUGGAUAAUAUCUCAGCUGCAGAAACGUCCAAAGAAGUGGCUCUUAGUAAUUACUAUCGCGCUCAAAAGCUGAUAAGCCUUUGCGGAUGGGAGCCUAGAUGGCUUCCAAAUAUCCAAGAUUGUGAAGAACAUUCGGCCCAGUCAGCUAGAAAUGGGUGCCCUUCUGGCGCAGCUAGAAAUCAAAGUCGUCUACAAGAUCCUGGUCCAAGCAGGAAACAAUUUUCGGCUUCAUCCCGAAAAGCCUCUGGAAAUUAUGAAGUUUUGGGUCCAGAAUAUAAAUCGGAAUCCAGAUUACCCCUACUGGAUUGUAGUUUAUGUGGUGUAACCAUCAGGAUUUGGGAUUUCAUGACCACUUCUCGGCCGGUUCCGUUUUCCGCUAUAAAUGCCACUCUUCCUGAAACGAGCAAGAAAAUGGGAGUGACACGUGGCACUAGUGCAACAAGUGGGAUAAAUGGAUGGUUUGCUAAUGAGGGCAUGGAACAGCAGCAAAAUGAAGAUGUUGACGAGGCUGAAACUUCAGUUAAGAGAAGAUUAGUAUCAAAUGUAGGUCUGAACUUAUAUCAAACUGCAGCUGGUGCAUCAUCCUCUGCACAACUGAACAUGUCCGUGACCCGCGAUAAUUACCAAUUUAGUGAUAGAGGAAAGGAAGUGUUGUGGAGGCAGCCUUCAGGAAGUGAGGUUGGUGAUCGUGCUGCUUCAUAUGAAUCACGAGGGCCUAGUACUCGUAAACGGAGUCUGGAUGAUGGUGGAAGCACGGUUGAUAGGCCUUAUCUACGGAUACAACAUGCAGACAGUGUUGAAGGGACUGUUGUUGACCGUGACGGUGAUGAGGUUAAUGAUGAUUCAGCAGGGCCUUCAAAGCGUACCCGAGGCUCUUAUGUGCAUGAAGCUUAUCCUCCCUUGUAUGGGCGAGACUUAUCAGUAGGGGGGCCAAGUCACUCACUGGAUACUGAAAACGAGAGGGAAGUAAAUAGAAGUGACCCAUUUAGUGAAGGAAAUGAACAAGCUAUGGCUUUCCCAGGUACUAGAGACUCCACGCGGGCUUCCUCUGUCAUUGCAAUGGAUACAAUUUGCCACAGUGCCAAUGAUGAUUCUAUGGAAAGUGUGGAAAACCAUCCAGCGGACUUUGAUGAUAUAAAUUAUCCCUCUGUGGCGACAGCUCAAAGUGCGGACUUCAAUGAUCCUUCGGAACUGAAUUUCAGCAAUCAAGCUCAGCAGAGUGCUUGCUUCCAACCAGCUCCUGCUCGGUUUAAUGCUGAACCAGGCAUUAGCAGCAUAAAUGACGGUGAGGAAGUACUGAACACAGAGACUGUCACUGCCCAGGGAAGGGAUGGACCAAGUUUAGGUGUCAGUGGGGGUAGUGUCGGAAUGGGUGCAAGUCACGAGGCAGAAAUCCACGGAGCUGAUGUUUCAGUCCAUAGGGGAGAUAGCGUUGUUGGAGACAUGGAACCAGUUGCAGAGGUCAUAGAGAAUCUAGGACAAAGCGGUGAAUUUGCACCAGAGCAAGGCCUUACUGAUGAUUUUGUUCCUGAAGAAAUGGAUCGAGAAGGUAGGCUUGGGGAUAGUCAAGAUAGGGUGUCUCAAUCAAUUGUAAGGGCGGACAGUGGCUCUAAAAUUGUUGAUUCAUUGAAGGCUGAAUCUGUUGAAAGUGGUGAAAAGAUGAGUAACAUAAAUGUGUUGAUCACCGACGACAGUGUUCAUCCAUCUUUGUCUUGCAAUGCGAUCAUGUGUUCUGGUUACGAAGCAUCAAAAGAGGAAGUGACCCAGACGUGGGAGUCCCCGCUCAAUGCUGGCUUUGCCCUCCCCGGAUCAAGUUACACUGCGAAUGACCAAGGGCCUCCAAACGGAGACAGCAAUGAUGAAAUUGUGGAAUUUGAUCCAAUAAAGUAUCAUAACUGUUACUGCCCUUGGGUUAAUGAAAAUGUGGCUGCUGCUGGAUGUAGCAGCAACAGUUCGGGUUCUUCGGGUUUUGCUGAGGCGGUGUGUGGGUGGCAACUAACUCUUGAUGCCCUUGAUUCGUUCCAGUCGCUUGAAAAUCCUCAAAACCAGACAAUGGAAUCAGAAUCAGCUGCAUCUCUGUGCAAGGAUGAUCACCGAACUCCUUCCCAGAAGCUCUUGAAACGCCAAUCUUUUAUCAGCAGCCAUGGGAAAAAGUAAGAUUAUUUUUACUUGCGAAUAAAAACAAAAAAGGUACAAUUGCAAAUUUUCUUGAUUUCAGACAGAAAUCGAUAUAUAUGGGUGUAGUGAAGCAUAUAAGCUUGCACAACACUUGGUUAGGGGCUCUUUAGCUUGGGUUUCCUUUUUCGCAGUACAAAUAAAGAAGUUUCUAUAGUCUCUCGGAUCUACAAACUUUUGUAUUUCUUUGAAGUUAAAGUAAAAGUUUGUGUAGUAAGUAACUGUUAAAAGACGCCUAAACAAAGGUGACAGUAUUGAAUCUAGUUUGAUAAUCUUAUAUUGACUUUUUGUC